CAAGGAACCUUGUCUGCCUUGUCUCUUUUCUGGCAUUUAUAGUGGGAGGCAGUGGGUGGAUCAUCCUUCACAGUGGUUCUCCUGGGUUUGGUUCUGAGAUGGUGUAGGUGUGUAUUAAGUGACUUGUCUAAUCCUGCAUAGUGAGUCUGUUUAGGUCCCCCCUUACCCCAGUCUUGGUAUAGUUCUAUAAGCAUUGAGUCAUCUUUACUCUCCUUCUAGAUGAAUGACCCUCUGGGAUGCGCCAGGAGGGAGAAUGGCACCAUGGCGACGGUGACACAGUUCAUACUCUUGGGCCUUUCUAGCCGCUUGGAAGACCAGUUCAUCCUCUUUGGAUUCUUCACAGUCUUCUACCUGACGGCCCUGGUGGGAAACCUACUUAUCUUAGUGAUGAUCAGCAUGGACUCCAGGCUCCACACACCCAUGUAUUUCUUCCUGGGCAAUCUGUCAGUGGUGGACAUAGGCUACACCACCUCCACGGUGCCCAAGAUGCUGGUGAACUACCUGUCACAGGACAAGUCCAUCUCGCUUCCUGGCUGCCUCACUCAGAUGUACUUCUUCAUUUCCUUUGGGGGGAUCGAGUGCCUGCUGCUGGGGGUCAUGGCGUAUGACCGCUAUGCUGCCAUCUGCCACCCGCUGCGCUAUGGUGUUCUGAUGAGCCAAAGGGCAUGCUCUUGUCUGGCUGCAGCUGCCUGGGCCGUUGGCUUGGCCAACUCGGCUGUGCACUUGGGUCUGAUGUUCCGCUUGUCCUUCUGUCAUGACAAUGUCAUCCGCCACUUCUUCUGUGACAUCCCCCCGCUUUUCCAGCUCUCCUGCUCUGACACACGGAUCAAUCAGAUUGCCACUAUUGCUGUGGGAGGUCCUGUCACCAUGGGCUCCUUCUUGGUGACUCUUGUGUCCUACAUCUACAUUGUUCUGGCCAUCCUCAGGAUCCACACCAAGGAAGGACGCCUCAAGGCCUUUUCCACCUGCACCUCCCACCUGGCUACGGUCAACCUUUAUUUUGGCAGCAUCCUCUUCACCUACGUCCGCCCCAAUUCCAGCUACUCCCAAGAGCAGGAUCGGGCUCUGCCUGUGCUCUAUGGCAUCAUCACCCCCAUGUUAAAUCCUAUUAUCUAUAGCCUGAGAAACAAGGAGGUGAAGGGGGCUCUCCAGAAAGCCUUAGGCAGGAGCUAGAAGAGUCUUGCCUCCUAAAUAGUAGUGCCCUGGAUUUGGAGCCAGCAUUCCUGGAGGUUUAGGAGAAGAAUAAGGCUGAAUGAGUGAGAACAGGUUGGGGCUGGUAGCCAGGCCUCUCGACGUCUAGUCCCAGCUCUAGGAGAAGAUAGUUAGAGCAGGGGAUUGUGCAUCAGGCGUCCUAGGAUCCCUACCUAACGUAGGAGGUGUGUGCAUGUGUGGGUUAGUGCUCCAUGCAGGAGAGUUUCGGUAACUAAACCCAAGACAUUUUCUGGCUUUCACUGAACUCUGUUCUCUUUUAAACCAUAUUAGGGCUAAUGUUUUUUGGAUUUGGAGCAAAAUUUGUAAGGGUUUUUCCUCCACGCAAUUUCUGAACAUAAAAAAAAAAAUUGUCUGCUUUUAGUUUUUUGACACAUAGUAACCCUUUCUUGAGAAGUCAUUUUUCCCACUAGAAGGAGAGACUCAGAUGCCCAUAAUUUGGGUGCACAUUGUUUCCCAUUUGUGCCUCAGUUGUCAGUCUGUGCAUUUGGGAAACCCUAAUUCAGUGGGAAAAAACCCAAUUAUUUUUCAUAAUAUUUUCCCUACAAAAAAGAAGAAUCUGUUGGGAAGUUGCCAGUCCAUAGCCUGCCUUCAGCAACAACAACAACAAAUCUGGAAAAAGGAAAGAACAACAAUCCAGGAUUGUUUUUAUUAUUUUUAAUUUUCCAGUGUUGGUCCUGGCCCUGCCCUUAUGUCCCCAGAAAGGCAGAAGCAUUGUCUCUCCAUUGUAUUCAAUGGCUGUGAGAUGCAUGGUUCAUCAACACCAUUGGGGAAAAGAGCACCCAUCGCAUCCUCUCUGCCAGGAUGUCUUUCUUACUGAUCCACCCUCACCCUAGCUUGCUUGCUUUCUGACCCCACAUAUUCUCUCUGCUUGCUGUCUAAGGCUAUAUACAAGUGUCGCAUUUGAACUGGUGGAAUUGCAGUUUCCCCAGUUGAAAUGCUAUGUGAAGUACCAGUCACUGGGCUUCAAAUGCUUACAAAAAUGGCUGAUGCCAACCCCAUAACCCCAAUCAAUUGGACCCAUUGGGAUGUGCUUUGGCAUCCCAGUGUGCCCUGCUUCUGCCCUCUCCUUCUCUCCAGGGAGAUGCUUUUUGACUCAGACUACACACUACUGGUCCAGCCCAAAUGAUAGAAACCACCAUAUAAGCCCAGCCUCUGGACAUGGAGAGGACAGUUUGACCCUGGAGGUAGGUGAGGUACUUGGGGGAUGGGACUGGGGAAACAAGCCUGUCCUAGGUAGGAGGACUAGAGGAUACAGGGACCCAAGGCAGGUUGGAACUAGUAGAGUUGGUAUUUUAUGCUCAUGAAGACUUGAGUAGUGGGGAAGGUUUGGAGGCCAUGUGCCAGGGGUGCUCCUCAAGAUCAGACCUUCUCUGGGCAGAGAUGUGAAGGGGUGAAGCCUGGGAGCCAAUGGGCUGAAAGCUUGCCCAGAAAAAAGGGGGGCAAGGCUGGGGCUGCUGAAACCCAACCAAGUGUUUUGAGGCCUGAGGGGGACUGCCCCAAAGGGGAAGCACAUUAGGGAAGCACAAAGACCCUGGGGCUGAGUUUGGGUAGAGAAGCGCAGGGAUAACGCCAAAAGUUACUCCUUGCCUCUAGGGGCCACCUCCCCAGUAUAUUAGUAAUAACAAAGGUGUGGCAGGAGAGACACUGGAGGUGAGGUGGGGUCACGGAGUGUGGCAGGCAGAUUUGACCCAAGGGGGCAUCAGGAACUGGGGUGGACCCACAGGUCUGCUACAUGGUGCUUCUUAUAUUGCAGGUGAUCUGCAGAACAUGCAGACAAUCCUUUGAAAAUAUUGUACAAGUUUCAGCUGGUUGAAUUUCACGUGGCUUAAAGUAACUAAUUGAACUCCAACUGUUUGAUGUGAAUUUCUUGUACACACCCUAAAAGGACAGUUUGGUCAGGAGGGGUGGAAGGCAUGCUCAGCGGUUCCUGGUCUAUGGGUGUUCCAGUGUCAGCAAACUUCCCCACUUACAAGCAAUAUCAACUAUAACAGGGUUUAUAGAAUUAGGAAAGGGAGAUGGGAUGACAAACAGGUUUAAGAGCCCCAUAAUAACCAGUAUCUACCUCAACCCACUGUUAACAGCUCUAGCUCAGUCAAUAGGUUUAGAGUUCUUGCCUAGUCCCACAGAUGGUCAGUAGAGAGCUAGUGUAGCUUUAGCCCAAGGUUUCCCUUGCCUCGCUGCUCCUGGGGUGCACCGCUUCUUGCUGCUGUUCUUUUAGAUGCAAUCUCAGCUCUUUCAGGAUCUGGUAGAUACAAAUUUCUGCUUGCUGGUAUGCUAAGAAGUUCCACUUUUUAGGACCAAGUGAGUAACAGGCUCAGACUGAACUUACUAAAGGAACUUGUGUAUCACUAGCACAUAUCCCUUUAUGGUUGGAUGGUGAGAUGUGAUACCAUCCCCCUAAGAAGAGGUCACCAACCUGACACCUCUUCUCCGCCAGCUCUUGGGAAUCCUGAGCUGGGUGUUUCUUCACCUUAGGCUUCGACACAAGUCAUGGUGAGCAGCAACCAUUGGCUACAUUUGCUCAACUUUCUCCUACAGCAUCAGUCCCCUGAUGAACUUUCCGAUUUCAGAAGGCAGGGCCAGUGCAUACAAACCUGACUUCUCUUGCCUCUUAAAAGCAGGUAAAACAUGUUAUCACAGUCAAAACAAGGCCAAAGGAGUUUUUCAUCCCUUGCCCAUAUAUACAACUAGAUGAUAUGCAGAUAAGAGAAAAAGUUCCCUGUAAUCUGACCUUGCACACUAAUGGUGGUAUGCAAAUAAGCACCACAGAAAUGUAGUUACACAUGGUACAAUUAUGAUCCUGUUGCUACUGUACAAGUUUCACUUG